UUAAGUGCAUUAUAGUUCAAUCACAAUCCUAUCAAUCACCAAUACAUAGAUAGAUAUACUACCUUAAAUAUCAAGAUCUAGUGAUGGGUAUUAUUCGUUUGCCAUCAAUUAUUUCCAGCGUGAAGCAAUUACAGAGAUUGCACUCUGUUGUUACUCGGAAACAAAUAUUACAUGUACCAAAAGGACAUUUUGCAGUUUAUGUAGGAGAAACAGAGAAGAAGAGAUAUGUGGUUCCAAUUGCAUACCUGAAUCAUCCUUCAUUCCAGGAUUUGUUGCAAAAAGCAGAGGAAGAGUUUGGGUUUCAACAUCCAAUGGGCGCUCUCACCAUUCCCUGCAAUGAGGAUGCAUUUUUUCAUGUCACUUCUCGAUUGAUCAACACUUUAUGA